UAGCAGUGCUCUCCGUGUGGCGAGUAGGGAGAGGAUGCGUCGUAACUGUCAGUUGAGCGUGCCACGUGAUUAUACUGUCUACAAGUGUAGGUAUUCUGCAACAGGACUGCGGUCCUCUUUAGUUGCCAAGAAUCUGCUGACGGAAGUGUAUGCAGCCACCGACGCCCUCCUUAAUCAGAUACGCUAGUUGUCACAUAGCGUGUUGUCAUGAUUCACAAAGGCAUCGUGCAAGGGAAACAACGGAGACGACGUCACAGACAGAGAAGUCACAAUAUGACUGAAUUCCAGCCUCCAUCACUACUGAACAGCAAGAAGGAUAUUACUAAUGGAGUGGUUGUGUCAAGCCAACAGCCAACUCUUCUAUCAUCACUGAGGAGUGUACUUUUUGUCAUUAGUUCUGCUCUCAUCGGUUUUGCCGCUUUUAGAAACACUCUAACAUGGCAUCUGCAGAGGUUCUGGGGAGCAUCUGGUGAUUUCUGGCAAUCACUUUGGGAUCGUCUACUAGAUGUAACAGGCGAGAACCCAGCAACAUUUUGGGUGUAUGGUACAACAGCACUAACAAUUGUUGUCUACUGGACAUUUGGGGGAAUAUACACAAUAUUAGAUAUUACCAACAAACCAUCUGUCAUCCGCAGGUAUAAGAUUCAACCUGGGACAAAUGAGCCAGUGGACACAAAACGUUUAAUGAAAGUGAUAGGCUGGGUCGUCUUUAACCAAGUUGUUGUGGGUCUGCCGACAGCGUUCCUCAGCUACUUGCUAAUGCAGUGGAGAGGCUUUCCGUCAUUACGAGAACUGCCUACUUUUCAUUGGGUUCUAGCUGAAAUGGCAGUUCAUAUCCUCAUGGAAGAAGUUGGAUUCUACUAUUCUCAUAGGUUGUUGCAUAGCCGUCAGCUUUAUCGCCACAUCCACAAGAGGCAUCAUGAAUGGACAGCUCCAGUUGCUGUGACAGCAAUUUAUUGUCACCCGGUGGAGCAUAUUUUUUCAAAUUUGUUACCACCUUUCUUAGGUGUUUUUAUUAUGGGGUCACAUGUUGCAACAGCCUGGCUGUGGUUUUCACUUGCUAUACUAUCAACAUUGAAUGCUCAUUCAGGCUACCAUUUGCCUUUCUUCCCAUCACCAGAAGCGCAUGAUUUUCAUCAUCUUAAGUUCAACCAGUGUUUUGGUGUUUUGGGAGUCCUGGAUCGCUUGCAUGGUACAGACACCGUGUUUCGUAGUACACGGGCUUAUGCACGGCAUAUAAUGAUGCUUAGCCUCAUACCAGCACGGGAAGCAUUUCCAGAUGAAACCAAAUGCAAACCAAAAUUUGUGCAGUGUCUUACAUCAGGGAAGCUGAAGCAAGAUGGCUGCAAAACAGAUAUUGAAAGAAAGAAGUAUACAAAUAUUUAAUUUCCAGAAUAUUUAUGUUGUUAACAUUUCUUUCUGUAUUACAGUGUGAGAAAGCUUUCAUUGUAAUUUUUAUAUACAAAAACUGUAUUUUGUUAUAUGCAAUGAUCUGUAAGUAACCAGUCUGUCCACAGUGCUUAUGUUUCCUGUAAUAUUAAAUAUGUGUAUAAAGAAUUCUGAUCAAUACAGCUAUGUUGACAUACAAGUUGAGUAUGUCUUAUAUGGAGUAUUUUCUAAUUUGAUUGUUUUUAAUUUAUUUCAUAUUAUGUCAGCAGAUGUUUAAUAGUCUUUAGGGGUCACACAAUGCAAUAAUAAAGAUAACAUUUGUAAAACAUUUGUCUCUGUUCCUGAAUUUAAUUUUCUAUCAAAAAUCUGUGUGAUAUGAAUAAUAAACUUAAAAUGUAAAGAGAUGAUUGAAGAACUUGAAAAGAAAUUGGAGGCAAAUUAUGUAACAGGUUGCAACCUUAUAAAAUCUGUUUGGGUGCUGUGAAAGUAUUAGAAUAAUUAUCUUUUCACUCUCUGAAGCGAUUGGGUGCAGUGAUUUACUUUGUUGUAAGAUCUCAACACAGUUUUUGUUAUUUUGUAAUACUGUAUGCUUAAUCUUAUGACCUAAUUGUAGGCCCUAAAUUUCUAUUAUUUAAUGUGUUCCUGCAUAUUCUGCAACAUACACAAGCCACAAUGUCAUCAAAUUUACAAAAAUGAGAAGAUUAAGCUUGUUUGAAACAAUUACAUUUCCUGUGGAUUGUGUUGAAUCCUUUGCUAACACUUUUUUUCUCUGUGGGAAAAAAUGGGUAAUCACUAUUUGAGCAAUAAAAUCGUUCAUACAGUUAAUUUUCUGAGUGACAAUCUCCAUAAAUUUAGAAGUUUAAGCCAUUUCCAUGCUGAAGAAGAAUGUUAAGUAUUACUCACCUUCAAUAUGAUCCACUACCAAGAACUGCAGAAACCAUAUGUUGGUAUUUGUUAUUGGAUUUGUUAACUGCCUGUUGAAAUGAUAAUAUUUAAAGUAUUUCAUUAAUAAAUGUCCUUCGUGAAGCUUUUUUUUACUCUCCAAGUAUUAUGUUCAAACAAAACCAAAUUGUAAUUUACGCUGUGAAACAUAUUCUUGUGAUAUUUCUGUAAUUUUUUACCAUGUAUGCAGAUUUUAAGAAUAAAUUAUUGUAUG